GCCAUGAAGCGAAUGUCAGUGGUGAUUCUCUGCAGUGCCCGAGCGUCUCGUCGGAUUCGGCGCUAUUCGGCUCAGCUCGAAAACAACAUCCCAGCAGAGCUUGGGUUUUAAACGGCCAGUUAACGCAUAUUUGAACAGAUUACUCUUCGGAACGUUUAAGGCCAAUUUCAUUUAACAUCUGCGACAUGUAGCAAGUUUUGUUUUACUUUAUUUUAAAGUCUUUAAUGACAAACAUUUGUCUUCUAGUAUCCACCAAUGUAUUCUCCAUCAUUGCCGGGAUAGUCUUUUUUAAAUUGCUACGGCUAUAUUUUGAGGUUUUUGCAAUUCUGGAGGCGCUACUUCCCCAACAGUAGGACAUUUAAAAUAAUAUAUAAUUUUCCGAAAUCUGGAAAUCUGCCGGGGUCAGGAAGAGCUUCGGGAAUUUUUCAGCCGGGAGACUGGGAUAAUAUGUCCAGGCGCAAACAGACCAACCCUUUCAAAGUUAAUUACAUUUAAUUUGUGACGUAAAACUGGAAUUGAUCUCGGUGACUUGGGAUGGAGAUGAAAUAGUUGAUGAUGCCAGGGCCGUUUCCGCCGGGAGAAUUGUCAGGCACUGAGCACAAUAUAGUUAUGGACAACAGGCAAAAUUUCACAGAAGAUAGUGAGGGGCACAGCAGCAAUUCAAAUGAAAUUGAAGAGCAGGACAGUAUUACAGGGUCAUUUCCUUCAACAGAGCUUGCUGGCACUGAGCACAGCAUAAUGAUGGCAAACAGGGCAAAUUUCACAGAAGAUAGUGAGAGUCACAGCAACAAUUCUCAUGAAGCUGAAGAACAAGAGAUUGCAGAUGAGAGUGAAAGUGAUAAUCCAGGAGAAGACACCUCUUCAGAUACCUCUGGUGAUGAUGCCUUAAUGUCUCCAAAGACUAUCCAGUCAACUGCUAAUGAUGGAUACGUGAAACAGGAGAUUGAUGAUGGAGACCAACUGAAUGCUGGUUACUUCUGCCCAUUAUGCCAUGCUGAGUGUGGCAGCCCAGAACAACUAAUUGCACAUGUAUAUAAGCACACAACAGUGGUGGGUACUAGGAAGAGCUAUGUGUGCCCAGUGUGUGGUCGAGCUCUGAGUUCACCAGGUUCUCUUGGACGGCAUCUCCUUAUUCAUUCAGAGGAUCGUCUUUCAAAUUGUGCUGUCUGUGGUGCACGCUUUACAGUCCGGUGUACAUUCAGCAGGGAGAAGGUACAGGAUUUUCUGAAUUCUGGGGAGUCUGUGGACAGCUCCAGUCAGCGGCUUUUAUCUAUAUCACAGACGUUUCCUGUUGAUUUAAAUUUAUGCCCUAACCAGACUCCUCCUAUACCACAGCUUUCUGAUGUCCUAAAUUCACCAACAUCCUCACUUUACUGUUUAUCUGAUGUUUUGAACCCAACUCCAGUGUAUCCUUCUGGAAUUCUAUUAGUUUGUAACAGAUGUGUGGUAUACCAACAGUUAGUUGACGCUCAGUCACCAUCAAUGAGGAAGUGGGCAAUUCGAAGGCAAAAUGAACCCCUUGAGGCACGAAUGCAGAGGCUGGAAAGGGAACGCAUGGCAAAGAAAUCAAAACGAGCUAGUGAGUCUCCAGCAGAACGUGAGCAGCGCAGAAUGAGAGACAGGGAAGCUAAACGUAUGCAACGGAUGCAAGAAACGGAAGAACAGAGGGCACGAAGGCUACAGCGAGAUCGUGAAGCUAUGAGAUUAAAACGAGCCAAUGAGACACCAGAGAAAAGACAGGCUCGGCUCAUCCGGGAGAGGGAGGCCAAAAGGCUGAAAAGAAGGUUGGAAAAAAUCGACCCAACUUUAAGGACACAGAUAGAACAUGAUCCAGCAGCAGUGGCAGCGCUCACUGCAGAUAUGAACCUUUUCCAAUUUCCUAUGCCAUGCCCAAAUCUAGAAAAUGGUCUUUUCAUGAAACUACCCUUACAGGAAUAAAAUGUAGUUUGCAGAAUACUACCAGCCCUCCAACUACAAUACUGUCAGCACUGAUACUUAACAUCAAGAAGGGGACUAUAAUUAUGCUUAAAACCAUAUGCAACAACAAAUGAUUUAGCCUAGAAAAUAAUAGGCUUUUAAAAAGAUAUUUGUGCUUUACGUUACUUCCUCUGAAGCUGUUUUGGUCUCUCCUGGUGAAUAUUAGUGCUUCUUGCUGAGAUCAGCUUCAAUUUGAACUGAACAAUGGUGGGUGUUAAUGUUACAUUUCUAAGUGAUCUUAAUUUGCUGACUAUGAAUGAAAUACAUUUGUAUAAAUAAUGAGCAAUCUUUUUAAAUGACUUCUAGAGUUUACUGUAGCAGAAUUAUUUGAGAUUUGCUAACUAGACAUUUGUCAAUUU